ACUGCCCUGGCAGAAUGAGCUUCUCGGUCACAUUCUCUGAGCUGGUCAACAUUGCCGUCCCGCAGUGCGGUGUGUUGAACUUCCAGGCCCUGCACCUUCUGCUCCAAGGCAUCCUGGAGCACAUCCACAUGGCUGAGCUCAAGAAGGUCCUCUCGGGGGACGAGGACUUCCUCCAGUCCUCGCAGGUUGUGUUCAUGCCCCGGGAGGGAGACGCUCAGCCCAUCCUCAACCCCAUGAAGAGGCUGAAUAACAUCUUCGACCAUGUAGUGACCCGCAUCGACAAAAUAGAGAGCCAGCUGGUCACGAUGCAGGCACUGCCCUCUACCUCUAUGCUGCUGGAGGCCAGCCAAGGGACUGGCCGGCCUGCCCAGGACCUGUGGCAGCUGAUAAAGCUCCGGAAGAUGGCAGAGGGCAAUGAAGAAGCCAUAGAAAAGUCCAUGAACACCCUGCAGGAUUUGCUCACAGACAUUUAUGCAGUCAAGGUCACCAUUGAAACCCUCAGGAAGGAUGUGGACAUGCUGAAGGACAUGUUUGAAAAGAUACGCCAGGAAAAAGUAGACACUUUCUUUGAUGAUAUGAAAGGACAGACCCGGAAGAUGAAUGCGCUGCAACGGGACAUGACUAUUCUCCAGAACAAGAUUCGUACUUUCCCCAAAACUGAGGACAUGGUACUUUGGAGUGGCCUCCAUGAGGCCUUGUUCACUCCGGGAACUUUCCCACAGGGAGCUGCUGCUUCACAACAGCUGGACGAUUCUGAUCUGUGGAAGGUUGCAGAGCAGUUCCCAGAGACCGAACGUCCCCAGACCACCAAUAUAUAUGAAAGUGUUGGUCAAAGCCAGGUCUCAGAGGCCAUCCAGCUCCCCAGGUUUCUGGAGACUGUUUGGCGUUAUGAGGCCCCGAGGGAACUACAGGAGGAGGAGUUUGCUGAGCCAGUUCCACUCACAGGGGCCCAGGAUUUGGGUCAGCUUCAGGUGCUCAAGCCUGAGCCAGAACCCAAGCCUGGUCCUGCACCUGGACCUGGGCCUGAUUCUGUGCCGGGGCCGGAGCCUGAGACCAUGACUGCACUUGGGCCUACACCGGGGCCCAGUCUGACACCUGGAUUCACACUAGCACCUUGGCCUGUGUUCAGAUCUGGGUCUGCCCCCAGACUUGGGCCUGUCCCCGGACCUGGACCUGCCCCCGGACCUGGGCCUGCCGCUGGACCUGGACCUUCCUCCGGGCCUGGGCCUGCUGCCGGACCUGGGCCUGCUGCUGGGCCUGGGCCUGCCACAGGCCCUCAGUUCAUACCACCACAAUUCUGGCCUGGGCUGCCAGGAAUCUGGCCUCCUUUCAGAGGCUUUCCUGUACCUGGCGCUUGGCCUUUCUUCGGCUUAGGUUACUCCCAGCCUGGCUUAGACCCAUCACGCUUCGUGUCCACUCACACCCAGACCUUCAGGGCCCCACCGCCGGCCACAGAAUUCGGCUCGGCUUGGCCUCGUGCACUGCAGCCACAUUCUCAGCAGAAAGAUAUGUACCCGCUCCCAACUGUCUCAGAACAGGCAGAAGAUUAUUUACGUUACAAGAAAGUCUCUCGGGAUAGACCCCUCAGGGCUGAGGCCCCAAAGGAAGUACCACCUAAGGGUCCCCGGUCUGCCCUUCAGAGGAUCAAAACCACUGCUGCCAUUGCAGCUGCUGCCGCCGCCGCCUACGCAGCUGCUGCCACCUCAGCGGCCCAGGCAGCCGAGACCGCAGCCUUGGCCGUUAAGGACGCCCCUGCCACUAAACUGGCUACUGUGGCAUCGACCUUGGCUGCAGCUGGGCCCUUAGGGGUCUUUGCAGACACUUUGGGUGCUGGGUCUUCUCGUGGGGCCAGAGCCUCCUUUUCCUCCACCACUGAGGCCGAGGUGGACGAGGUGGACGACUUGUCGGAGGUGGACUACGAGGACUUGUUCUCUUCUCCGUAUACCCUCAUCCCUCCUGACACUGUCCAGUCCCAGGCCAUGCUGGCUGCCAAACAGGCUGUGACCCCUGAAGACAAGAAGAAGGCCGUCAAGUAUUCCAUGGGCCACAUAGCCCAGAUACCCAUUAGACACGACUCCCUGAAAGAAGAGUUUGUCCAGCUGUCAACCAAUCUGCAACAGCGCAUGAGUUAUCUAGCUCAUAUGGGAUCCUCUUCCAAGCUUGGGGUAACAGUAGACAAACUGCAAGAAAAGAUUGGCAAGCUCCAGAAAUCCAGGAUGCAGGAGGAGGAGCUCCAGAGAAUUUGGGGCCACCAAGUAGCGACGAUGAAGGAUCAUUACAUCGUGCUGGACAGGGCAGUGGAAAAGAUCCAUAUUCGCCUGGAUGAUUUAAAGAUUCUCCAGGCUCAAAUUAAAAACCUAGAAGCACACAAGGCAGACAAAAGUGUGAUGGAGCAGGAGUUGAAAGAGAAAGCUGACAAGAGCAACCUGGCAGGCAAGGCAAGCCGGGUUGACCUGGAGACGGUGGCAGAGGAGCUGAACGAGAUGAUUCAGGGCGUGCUACUCAGGGUCGUGUCGCAUGAGAAUGAUUGGAGGAAGGCUGUGGAGCAGCUCAGCAAGGACCUGGGCACCAAGCUGGUCCACACAGAUUUGGAUGAUAUAAAGAAAGACGUGAAUGAGGUCUGGCAUAUAGUCAGGAAGCUGCUAAUUGAAGGCCUCCGAUUCGACCCCGACAGUGCCGCUGGCUUUAGGAAGAAACUGUUUGAGCGGGUGAAGUGCAUUUCCUGUGACCGGCAGGUGGAGAUGAUGACUGGCCCACAUCUCAUCACCAUCCGCAAAACCCACCUGCUGUCGCGGCUUCGGCCAUCCAGUGCCAACAGUUACGAGUACCUGCAGCGGCAACAGAUGAGGGAACAGCAGCUGCAGCAGCUCGAGGACCUUGGAGGCCAGGAGGACUGGAGCAACGACCCUGGGAAUGCCAACCUCAAGCUCAAGUCAUGUAACUUGUCAACACUCUACCCCUAUGGGGACCCCGAGGUGUUGGACUAUGAUACUGCUGAGGUGGACAUCCUGGGAGUGGACGGGAUCCUGUACAAAGGCAGAAUGAAGAGCCAGGAAGGGGCACGGCCACUGACCAGCGUGGAGAAGGACCUGGCUGCCGUGAAGUUUCCACGUCCCCCGAAUCGAAACCUGUGUGAGCGCUUUGGCACCAUCUACCCCCCCCUGCGCCCCCAUGCCAGCAUCCGCUCAGCGACUUCGGGCCCCCACUCAGGGACACUGGCCCGGCCUCCCUCUCUGCCACCUCUGCCACCGCUGAUGCCAUCGCUGCAGGACCCCCAGCAGGCCUCAGGGUCCACCAGGCAUCCAAGGCCUCAGCGCUCCGAGUCCCAAGCCAGCACGCAGCCCACCUAGAAGCCACACCUCCCGUGAGCCCUGUGCCGUGUCCCUUCCACUCCCACCACCGGCCAAGACCAACCCCUGAGCCUGGCCUGGGGAAGGCGCAGGGGCCUGAACGUAGGGGAGGGAUCUCCAUAAGGGACUCAUUGUGACCCAGUGGCUGUUUUCACUCUGCGUAGAAAUACACACAACACAGUCCUUCUUGCCCCAUGUUACAUGAGGAACACCG